GGAGCACUUACAGAGAAUGCAUGGAUAAUGGAACGUGGGCUCUGAAGAGCAACUACUCCAGUUGUGAACCCAUUUUGGAGGAGAAGGUUGGUAUGACUAUUGGUUAUGCAGAUCAAACCCUAUGCCUUCUCCUUUAUUAUGCUUGUUGCAAGUAAUCUGUUAGAGACAAUGUUAACAACCAGAACCACAUACACUACAUAACCAAAAGUAUAUGGACACCUGCUCAUCGAACAUCUCAUUCUAAAAUCAUGGGUAUUAAUAUGGAGUUGGUCCCCCCUUUGCUGCUAUAACAGCCUCCACUCUUCUGGGAAGGUUUUCCACUAGAUGUUGGAACAUUGCUGCGGAGACUUGCUUCCAUUCAGCCACAACAACAUUAGUGAGGUCGAGCACUGAUGUUGGGCUAUUAGGCCUGGCUCGCCGUCGGCUAUCCAAUUCAUCCCAAAGGUGUUCCAAUGGGGUUGAGGUCAGGGCUCUAUGCAGGCCAGUCAAGUUCUUCCACACCGAUCUCGACAAACCAUUUCUGUAUGGACCUCGCUUUGUGCAUUGGGGCAUUGUCAUGCUGAAACAGGAAAGGGCCUUUGCCACAAAGUUGGAGUCACAUAAUUGUCUAGAAUGUAAUUGUGUGCUGUAGUGUUAAGAUUUCCCUUCACUGGAACUAAGGGGCCUAGCCCGAACCAUGAAAAACAGCCCCAGACCAUUAUUCCUCCUCCACCAAACUUUACAGUUGGCACUAUGUAUUCGGUCAGGUAGCGUUCUCCUGGCAUUCAUCACUCCAGAGAAUGCGUUUCCACUGCUCCAGAAUCCAAUGGCGGCGAGCUUUAUGCCACUCCAGCCGACACUUGGCAUUGCGCAUGGUCAUCUCAGGCUUGUGUGCGGCUGCUCGGCAAUAGAAACCCAUUUCAUGAAGCUCCCGACGAACAGUUCUUGUGCUGACGUUUCUUCCAGAGGCAGCUCUAGCAGGGCAGAAAUUUGACGAACUGACUUGUUGGAAAGGUGGCAUCCUAUGACGGUGCCACGUUAAAAGUCACUGAGCUCUUCAGUAUGGCCAUUCUACUGCCAAUGUUUGUCUAUGGACAUUGCAUGGCUGUGUGCUCGGUUUUAUACACCUGUCAGCAACGGGUGUGGCUGAAAUAGCUGAAUCCACUAAUUUGAAGGGGUGUUCACAUACUUUUGUGUAUAUAGUGUCCUCAGAUCAACCUGUUAGAAAUGAUGACGUACGAUAUGUACUAGAUAACACCAAUUCAAAUGAUAUCUUUGGAAUGAUUGUGUAACAUGAUAAGCAGAUUAUUUUCAUGCAUAGUUUAGGACAUUCAAAAUGCUUAUAUUUAUGUUUUCUGCUUUACUGAUGUCACAAAUACGGAAGGAUUUUCACAUGUAGUGCGCAAUUAGUUGUGGCCUAAUUAUCUCACAUUUCUGAUUAGGACAUAUUUAUAGCACAUUUACUAUAUAAUAACAGUUUAGCUGUAUUCUGCAGUGCUAUUUUAAGUUUAACUUUCAACGACACUAGCUACUCCCUUUUUAAGGUUCAGAAGCAGGUCCUUCAAAUAUUAGCUCAAUACACAAAACUCUGGUUUAUGCAAAUCAGUAUAAAAUGUGGAAACAAAUGAAAUCCUAGCUUUUUGGAAUGUUUAUUUAUUUUUACUAAUCCAGUCAGCUAAAGUAUGUAAUUUAUCAUCAGAAUGUUCCACAUUUCCAUUUGUAUGUAUUAUUGAUAUCUUUUGAAGGUGAAUUGUGCAUUGCAAAUGUAUGUCUCUGUCAAUGUGUAUAUAACCCCUUUAUUUUUUAUUUUUUGUGUCUAUCGAGAUUUUGAAGUAGAUCUUGUGAUAUUCUCCCCACAGAGGAAAUAUCCAAUGCACUAUAAGAUUGCUCUGAUCAUCAACUACCUAGGCCACUGUAUUUCUGUGGGAGCUCUUGUCAUAGCCUUCAUUCUCUUCUUAUGCUUAAGGCAAGUACAUUUACAUUUACAUUUUACAUAUUUAGCAGACGCUCUUAUCCAGAGAGACUUACAUGAGUACAGAAAUGGUACCCUUCUAAAUGUAUCUGCAGUGCAUGUGACCUCUUUCAAAAUAAUGAGUGAAAUGUAUGUGAACUGCAGGACUGCCCUCCUAUUAGGCUAACUCGCUUAAUGUAUUUUAGGUGUCUAUGGAAAGUAUACACUGUGUUUUGAUGGUUGUUAAUCUAACAUAAAAAUAUAUAAAAUAUCAUUGAUCAAGUAAAUUGUACCCAAGAAUAAAAUGUGGUCAAAUGUAUACCUGUCGCCUGCUAUAGGAAUAUGUUUAGGACCGGAAUAUUGUAACUUUAGGUAUGUAGACUAAAACAUUGGUUUCUUUAUUUCCAUCUGUAGGAGCAUAAGAUGCCUCCGAAACAUAAUCCACUGGAACUUGAUAACAACCUUCAUUUUGAGGAAUGUUAUGUGGUUCCUACUUCAGUUGAUUGAUCACAAUAUACAUGAGAGCAAUGAGGUAACAUUCGUUACAUAUUAUUAUUUAUUUGAACAAUUCACAUGACUGUUAAGCUUUUUAUUGCAAUAAUAACUAACUAUGUUUGUUUUUCUAUCUUUCUACAGCCUUGGUGUCGUCUUAUAACGACGAUAUAUAACUAUUUUGUGGUGACCAAUUUUUUCUGGAUGUUUGUUGAAGGAUGCUACCUUCACACAGCCAUUGUGAUGACUUAUUCAACGGACAAGCUAAAAAAAUGGGUCUUCUUGUUCAUUGGCUGGUGUAAGUGCAUGAUAAUUAAUAAUGUUCAGCAUCACCAAGCUUUUGAGUACCAAUUUACUAUGUCAGACUAUGACAAG